AGAGGAGGGGGUGACGGGAAGAUCACUGGAACAGCACUCAUAUGAUCACCACAAUGGCUGAGGAGCGACAGCCGCUGCUCUCAGGGACGUCGAGUGGACCUCCUCACCAGCAAUACGGUGGAUCACCAGCAUCUGCAGGACAUGGGUCCACCGAGGGAACCAUUGUGUCUCCGGUGGGGCCGGAUGAGCUGCCACCACCCUACACCCCUUCCUCGUCAGGUGUGCCUAUGGUCACCUGUCGGGUGUGUCAAGCUAUGAUUGACAUCUCGGGGAAAGUUGACCAACACGUUGUUAAGUGUAACCAGUGCAACGAGGCAACACCGAUAAGGAACGCUCCACCAGGGAAGAAAUAUGUCCGCUGCCCUUGCAAUUGUCUGCUUAUUUGUAAGAGUUCCUCUCAACGAAUAGCUUGCCGACCAAAUUGCAAAAGGAUUAUUAAUUUGUCUCCUUCACCAGCAAACCCUUCCUUGCCCAAUGUUCCAGGAAUGUGUAGAGUUACUUGUGCUCACUGCCAUGACACCUUCAUAUUCAACACGCUUAACAAUGCACUUGCCAGAUGUCCACACUGUAGGAAAGUGUCGUCAGUUGGCCCAGAGUUUGCAAGGUGCCGAGGAAUAGUGUUUGUUGUUUUUGCCUUGGGGUUCUUGGGAUUGGGAAUUGCUAUCACAUGUACCACCAUAGGUUAUACCAAGAACUACCCUGGCAUCUACGUAGCAUAUAUUGUGGCCUUCCUCAUCUCUGCCAUCCUCUUCUACCGAACAAUCUAUUACUGCUCUCUGAAGAUCAGUCUCAUUGAGGGUCCGUUAUAAGCUGCACGGGGGCACCAGUGCAGGUUUUGUGAGUAAUCUGCUACUAAUUUCUUGUUACACAUUCAUAAAAUGGUUUGGAGAAAAGGGAGUGAUGGCUAAUCAAGAAACAAGUACCUAAAUACAUUUACUACUUGGCUUCUCAUUUAUGAAGCGUUCUUGUUUUGUAGGAAUGGUUGGCGAACAUGAUCCACAGUCAGUUUGUUGCUGUAAAUUGAUAUAUAUUUUUUUCCUGGUAGAGUUUCAUAUCUUUCACAAAUGCCAAAGGAGUUUGGGAUCAUCAUUGCUGGUCAAAUAUUAUUUUGUAUUAUAUUUGUCUGUUGUCUUUUCCUUCACAUUUUAUUCAGUUUUGAAAGGAAGAAUGGAAAAUGCAAUGCAAUGUGUUCCCAAUUUUGACUAGUUGAAGUUCCACAACUUGCAUGCUUGUAAUUCAUUGCAACUUCAGGUGUGGUAGAUAAUUCAAGACAGAAGCCAAUUUUUUUAAAAGGUAAUAAAUAACCAUUGAAUGCAAUGAUUUUAAAACACUUGAUAGUAUUUGAAUGAUUACAUGUGUUUAUUAAUAACAACCAUUAAUUUAUAGUAAUACACAUCUACCUAUAUACUUCAAAAUAUAGUAAAACCAGAGGUUAUUUAAUGUGAGAAGUAAAAAGAAGUUUGCCACAUUGCUGAUUAGCACUGAGAAACUUUCCAUUUAAAUUAUGUACUGUUAUUUAUGUAUCUGCUAAGUGGUAAGGGGAGUCUGACUUUUGAUAUCAGUCUGAGCAUUGACUACCGGGAGACUUGUAGGGUAUGAAGUGCGUUUCAGUAUAAGUAGGUUUUUAAAAAGUCACCGUAGUAUAAUUUAAGUCUAGAAACCUGUGAUAAGUGAAGAUCUUAGGAAGCUGUCCUAUAUGUAUUCUAGCUCCAGUCUGCAAGUGAAGUUCUGAAUUCUUGAAUAUCCUUGUCAUAUUGAGUUAGUAGAAAGCCUUCAUGUCAUAUACAUUAUAUAACUCUUUGCUUGCUUUGUGGAACUACUACUUUGGAAAACAUUAUUCAUAUUUGUGGCUUAAAUAUUUACUGCCAAGUUUGUUUGAGAAUUCAGCUCACUAUAUUAUUACAUUUUUCAUUAUUAUUAUUAUUUUUUUCCCUAUUAUUAUCAUCAUGUCAUUAUUAUUUUUGUUUUUGUUAUCAUCAUCAUCCAUAGCAGCUUUUGGUAGUCAGUGAGUUUUUAGAUAUGCCUGUCUUGUCUGUAAGUGCUGUUUUGUUACCAUUAAUGGGUUCUCCAGAUCACUACAGAAAUCCUUCCAUGAUAGUGUCCACUAUAAAGGACUUUGGAAUAUAUAGUAUUAUCAUUAUUAUUAUGUAAAUGUCAGAAGUGCAUUAUGUGUGGCAGUGUUGCAAAAUAUGGUAGAUUGGAGUUGGACUUCUUGCAGUUGUAUAUUUUACAAGGGAACUUUCAAUGCUCUAUUAUUUAUGAAUGAUAUGCAGGUGAUAUACAUAUGUGUACACUUUAUAUAUAUAUAUAUAUAUAUAUAUAUAUAUAUAUAUAUAUAUAUAUAUAUAUAUAUAUAUAUAUAUAUAUGUAUAGUGAGAUUUUACUUAAAGUCAUUAAUAUGUACGCAUUAGUGAUUUGAUGGGCUGAAAGCUUGCAUAUCAUCCUGUAAUUUAGAAGCUGUCAAAAUCCUGCAGUACCAGAAAUGACAGUGGAUGUCACCUUUGUGUUAUAGACUUCACUCAACUUCUUUGCAUUCAUCUAUAGCUUUAUCUUUAUAAAUUGUGAUAGAAGUAUUUUAUUUAUUGUUUGGACUAAGAGCACUAGUCUACCUGUGGUCGUGACGCCUGCCCACCAGUACAGAGGCUGCCAGGUUUAGUGCGGUGCAUGACAGCACCACAGAUUAAUGGAAUAGAGUGUCACUGGGUGGCUUGUGGUGAGCUUGGUAUUUGCCUCGGUAUACAAAACUAUCAGCAUCUAUUUUAUGUAAAUAAAUUUAUACUUUUAUCAUAAAAGUGGAGAGCACAGCUGUAUUGUAAAGUAGAGAGGAGGCAUCCACACAAGUGCAGAGUACCACAUGAUGUGCAGGUCAAGUUACCUGGAUCACCUUACUGCUGCCAACAGCAGACAAGGUGCAGGGGAUUCUGGUCCUUGUGGUGAGAGUAUUCAGAGUAAGGAGUCUCUCAGAGACUCCUCUGAUCAUGAUUGCUUUAAUAUAUUUAUCUCACACAUUUGUAUAAAUCACUUGUGCAGUUGUAUGAUAUUUCAAUUGCUCACAAAGCACGACACAUUCCUCUAAGUAAUCAGUUUUACAUAAAUUAAAUGGAAUGUUCUUUUCAAUUCUUUUAGAUCUAUAUUAAAGCUGUAUCCAAAAAGUCAUGUUAAAAGUGUUGAACUUUAA